AUGGCGUCGUCCUCUGAUCAUCCUCAUGACAGAGAAAAUAAUCACGACCAUAACAAGCCCAACAGACCGGCCCUGAAGAUCGACACAUCCAUCACCGCACGUACUCCUACUAGUACCGCCGGCGCCAGCGGCGGCACUGAGGUCCCGUCUACAGAGACGUCUUCCCCACCGCAAAGUGCCGUUAGCUCAAUGUCGACUGCAUCGUCCAUUCUGUCUAAUUCGUCGAGGGAGUUCACGUUGCAGCUCGUUCAUACCAAUGAGGCCGGUGGUGAUCCCGACGACGAUAUCGUCAUUCUGAUGUGGCCUGUUACUCCUGUUUCGGCUCCAGCUCCUGCACCUUCUCUGGCUUCGCCGGUCAAUGAGACUGCUCCCGCUCAGGAUCAGGAUCAUGUCCAGGAAGUGGGUGACGGGGGUGUCCAGAUAACUUGGUUCAACCAGGCAACUGUGGAGGAUAUCGUUACAGCUAUGGCUGAAAGUCUGAUCUCCAAUGUGCCGAGCGCCGAUUGUGACGAGGGUAACGUCAACCAGAUGGAUCAGACACUCACUAACAGCGAGGGAGUCAACGACGACAUCCACCAGGAUACAGCGGUUACUGAGCCCUGCGACCCUGGUUACGACGCCGACACUUCGACUAACCUGGACGACGACAGUGACUAUGAGAUCGUCCAUGCCUUCUGGGAAAACGUUGUCCGCGACGGCCACGAUGAUGCUGUCGAGCACCAGGAGGGUCAUGGGCAUUCCGCGUCGUCCUCCGUUCAAGAGUGA